UCAUAUUUUGUGCGGGCAGAGGCGUAUUGCGGCCGUAACUACGUGUGAAAGUAACAGCUACUUGAGUGGUUGGCUAAGAUUUUGUGGAGGGUAGGCAACUCACCCUGGACACUCUAUUCCAUCACUGAGCAUCAGUUUAUUCCAUCGCCCACACAGGCUGAGAAGGAUACGUGCUGGAUGGGUGUAGAGGAGAAAGGGAUAGAAAAGUGUGCAUUUAAAUCAAUCUCAAGCGAGAUUGUAGCAUCUACCAUACCAUUGGCGUGACCGAAAUACGCAAAGUUAACGCUGUCUUGAAGAUUUUAUAAGCAUUUAAAGCACCGGAGCAGCCUUGUGUGCGUUUUAGUUUAAAGAUUAGGACCAAUUUUUUCAGAAAGGGGCCAGUAAUGCUACUGGGACUAAAAUAUCUGACUGCAAGGCUAGCUGCCUUCCUUAUCCUGGUUCUAAUUACAUCGGGAAUGAGCGAGGCUUGCCUUAUGAUCAGUGAGGUAAACGCAGAUAACCCCGGACUGGACACCACAGAGUUUGUAGAACUGUAUCAUACGAGUGGCCAGAGAACUUCUUUAGACGGCUACACCUUGGUCUUCUACAAUGGUAACGGAAACGCAGCCUACAAAGUGCUAGACCUUAAAGGCUACACCACAGAUGACAGGGGUUUCUUUCUAGUGGGCUCCCUUGACGUUCAGCCCAAGCCUGCCAUCAUCUUGCCCCCCAACACGGUCCAGAAUGGCCCAGACGCCAUUGUUCUCUACCACUCCAGUGCAGCGCAGUACAGCGAGAAGAUGAAUGUGACGGCUUACGGCUUGGUGGACGCCAUAGUGUACACGACGCGCCGGUUAGGGGAUGCAGAGUUUCUGGCAAGGACCCUGACCCCGGGGUCGCCCGCUUUUGUGGAGGACGAGUCCACCCAUGAGGGCGACGAGUCCAUCGAGCGCUGCUGGCUGUCCACGGCCACCUGGACCUUCCAGGUGGCCCCGCCUUCCCCUGGCCAGCGCAACCGCUGCACCCCGCCCAGGGGCCCGGACCCGCGCAUCAGCGAGCUCAGACUCGGAGGGGAGCAGUCGGAGAUCUUCGUGGAGCUGAGCGUUCCCCAAUCGACCGACCCACUGGUGCUGGUGCUGCUGGACGGACGAACGGACACGGUCAGCUUCAGCAUGGAGAUCAAACCAGCCAAGGACGGGCUGGUCCUCAUCUCCUCGGGGAAGAGCGGCGGUGACGUUGUGUUUCCACCGGGUGAUUACUCCGUGCUGGCACCGCAGACGAGGUCCUCGGGUGCCGUGGCGUUGUACAGCGGAAACGCUGAGGACUUCGCCGUGGGCAGCCCUCUCAGCGCCCGGCAGCCGCUCGACGCCUUUGUGUACACCAGCCCUGAGGGCGUGGCCAGUGACAACCUUACUGAGACGCUCAUCCCUGGCAGAGGGGCCUUCCGUCUCCACCCCAGGUUGGAGGAGGGAGGCUUGACCCUUAGCCGUUGUGGCACAGCCGACUGGAACAAAGACCCUGGUGUUUUUAUUGAAGUUCAACAGACACCAGGACGGCCAAAUCAGUGCUUAUGGCCAGCAACCUGCCCUCAUAAUGUUGUCAUUCCGGAGGGCACUACCACGCCUCUCUACCCUUCUGAAUUGGACCCGCAGAGCCAGCAUGACUUUGUGCUGAGCGAGGUGAACGCUGACACUCCUGGUGCGGCAGAGGACAUGGAGUUCAUCGAGAUCUGGCACCCGUCAGGGAGGCGGGCGUCCCUGGAGGGGGUGUGGCUGCUGCUCUUCAACGGCCAAAACAGCAAGCCCUAUUGGAAGACCAGCCUCACCGGCUACUUCACAAACGCUCAGGGCUUCUUCCUCCUGGGCAGCGACAAAGUCACCCCGACCCCCUCCAUACUACUGCCCCGCAACACCAUCCAAAACGGGCCCGAUGCCGUGGCCCUGUACCGCAGACCCUACGGGUCACCCUUAGCCACGGAGGCCGGGAUCCCCACCCGAGGCCUGUUGGAUGCCAUCGUUUACCGGCCUCCGAGCUCCGACAAGGAGGCGCGGGACCUGAGCGACGCCUUUAUCCCUGGCCAGAUCCCCCUGCUGGAGGACCCCACCGCUCUCCCAGGGGACGAGACCCUCAGCCGUUGCAACAGCCUGCAGGCUGCAGACAUGUCAGCUUUCGUGGUGACAUCACCAACCCCCCUGGGGAAGAAUUUCUGUCCCCAGCCUCCCACUCUGGCUCCUCCCCCCAAGGGUGUCGUCAUCAAUGAGGUGGGCAGUGCCCAGUGGACCAAUGGCAGUCAGCAGGAGAGCUUUGUUGAGCUGUUUGCAGCUCCUCUGACCGGGCUACAAAGCCUGGUGUUGGUUGUUUUUGAGCAGGGCCACAGCCAAGCCACCCUGGCGCUCCCUCUGACAGGGAAGACCGACCAAGAUGGAUACUACCUCAUCGGGAACAUCACUGGAGCUGACCAGUCCUUACCACUGGGGCUCAGUGGCACAGGCGUGCCAGCCCGUGGAGCUGUGGCGCUGUGUCACGGCACUGCCAGGUCCUGCACAGCCAAGGGGCCAGCGUUGAGCCACAGUAUGCUGGACACUGUGGUGUUCAGCGAGGACUCUCACCUGCUCAGCACUUUGGCGGCCAGCAGAGGGCAGCAGGUCAUGCCCAAUCUCAGGUCGGUGACGGGGCCGGCGUCCCUCAGCCGCUGCGCUUGCUGCGAGGCGAGGAGCCCCCAGGCCUGGACCCCCACUUCUCAGACUCCCCGCCGCCCCAACCUCUGCCCCAGCGCGGCCUUCUCCGGCAGCAUCGACCUCUGCCUCGGGCCUCCCACCGGCGACGCGGAGCUGCGCCUGCCAAACUGCAGUGGAUGGAGGCAGGAGGGUGGCGGCAGGCAGGAGAUGGAGGUGGCGCUGUACCUGGAGGAUCAGUGUCAUUGUGGGAUCUCUGCCCUUAACCUAGCAGGGGCCAACUUCUCCUGCGUGGAGGGCUGGCUGCGAGUGCACGGAAGCAUCCGGGCUCUGUCAGACCGCCAGAGGGACCUGAUCGAGCAGACGUCUCGCGAGCAGCGCUCCCGCGUGCUGGGAGACUCCUGUUCCAAUUCCAUCUCUGACAAGUCUGUGGGAGCAGAGUCUGGAAUUGUGUGGCAAAUAUGUCUGGCAGUGGUGGUGCUGUUGCUGUUGGUGUUGGGCGUGGCCCUGUUUACAUACUUCUACAGAAGGAGGCAUUCGCUGAACUAUUUCUCCAUGGAGCUGAGUGAACACACAGAGGGGCCUGGGGAAAUCUAGCCCUGCUCAGGUACCAGCUCUGUUUCAGGUCUGCUGCCCUUCUGCAGUGGCGCUUUUGGACGGUGGCCACUGGCCAUGGAGUAGGAUGGGAAGGGAAGAUACUGUUAGUAGCUGUUUCCUGUGCAUCUCUGUAACCCCACUUUCAUCUGUCCUCUAGUGUCACAGUCAGUGUUGCACUUGGCAACAGUGUUGUCGUGUACUUCAAGUAUUAGCAGGAAGAAGGUACUGCUUUAAAGCUGGUAUUAUUUUAUUUUGUAUUGUGUGGAAAUGUUAGUCUCUCUUUGGUCUUUGAUGCAUUCGGUAAACAAUCAGGUAAUCUCAGUUGCUGUUUCAAAUUCAGUUGAAUUCAGUUUGGUUGCAAUCAAACUCUAUCAUGUUAUUUAGAAGCUUAGAUAUGGGUUUUGUGUAGAAGUGAAUGGAAUAGCAGGAUCAAAAUGAAAUGUUCAUUUAAGGGUAUGGAUUUUUUCUAAAGUAAAUAAUGUACAUAGACUUGUUAAGGGGCUUUCAUAAGUGCACUAAUGUGAGAAUGUUUUCUGCAUUGUUGCAGUUUUACUGCAUUACCUUUCAUGAUUCAUAAAACAGCUCAAGUACUUCAAAUGGCAAUUUGAAAACCAUGUAGAAUACACACUAUAUAACAUUACAGCCACUUAGCUGAUGCUCUUAUCCAAGCCAACUUAGUUUUCUUUUUUUUAAACAUAGUAUCCAUUUAUAAAGCUGGAUAUAUAGGGAAGCAAUGCAGGUUAAGUGCCUUGCUCAAGGGUACAAUGGCAGUGUCCUACCCGGGAAUCAAACCCGCAAGCUUUAGGUUAACGGGCCUGUGGCUUAACCAUUAUAAUAUACUGCUGCCAUAAUAAUACACAAAAUUAUGACUUUAGUUAGGUAACUUCAUUAAAACAUGCAUUUCAUUUUUAGGACAAUGAACUACAUUGUUCGUUUCAAUGUGGACUAUUUUCAGUAUUUUUUUGUCCACAUAUUGAAAAAAAGCUAUUUUAAAUUUAUAAAGUCAUUUUCAAACGUACAAAGGCCAAGUUUUUCAUAAUGGUAAAUUAGGAUGACUAAAGCAACAUUAUGUUUCUGUGACUUAUUUUAAUUUUCUGGACAACAAUGGAGUUUGUCUUGCGGUAUAUCUGAGUUGGCUAGAUGACAGUAAUUGUUUGUAGGAUAAAUUCACUGAAAGCUAGGCGGACACAUUGGUUUUGGUUUUUUCAUAGGAUGUAUUGAUUAUACUGAAAAAACGAAAAUUACUGAUGUUAUUCUUUAAGGUGCUUUCAUCUAAUUUUUUUUUUUAAUUAAUUAAAUUAUCUGAAACUUAGUGAUUGGAAUUCAUAUAAAACAUGGGCCAGGUGCCUUGUGAGCAUUAAGUCAGUUAAUUUCGAGUACGUAUUCAUUACUAUCACAGUUGAUGUCUGUGAUAGUGAGUGGCUCGCUUCUGAAGUAUGGGUGCCACAUUCCAGUCCUGCAGAGCUGCAGUGUCUACUGGUUUUUGAUGAGUUUCAGCACCAGUGAUUCAUUUCAGUUGUUGAUUCAUCAUGUUCUCUAGGCUCUAAUUGGUUGCUGAUUUGAGGAAACUGUAAAUAUUUGCAGACACUGCAGCCCUCCAGGUCUGGAGUUGACAUCCUUGUUUUAAACAUUUUGACCAUUUACUUCAGAUGUACAGAGCAGGGCUGUCCAGUCCUAUCCAAAUACAGUGUGAGUACAGAGCAGGGCUGUCCAAACCUUUUGCUCUAUUUUCUUAGGGUAUACCAGCCCCUGGUGCAGGUGGGGUACCAUACAAAUUCUCAACCAAUCUCUCAUGGUCUGUUCCAUGACCUACAAACUGGGGAAGUUCUCCUGGCUGUUGCUGCAGUCAGAACGUGGGUUUCGUUUCUUGUAUUCCUUUUUUUUUAACAUGUAAUUCUUUGCACAGACUUGAAAAACAAUCUGAAUUUUAAAAAAAAUGUUAAACAUCAAUUAAUUAAUAUUAAAGAUGCGAUGGGGAAUUAAAUGUCAUUAAGAAUUUGUGUAAAUGUAUGGUAUUUCAGAAUUUUGAAACUGUAUUGUUUAUUGAAUAAAGAACCUUAUUUUUCAUAAGAAUGUUUUAGCAAUGGUAAAACAGCUGUCAUCCUAAAUUAUAAAGCUGUUUAAGACAUGAGUUAUGUUCUCCAGUAGAGAUGAUCUUUUACUGACUGAGAUCAUGUACAUUAAUAAUGCUAGAUCAGAAACCACUUAUCAAGGCCAUACAAGAAUGAUUUAUGCAUUGAAAUGAAGUAUAAUUACUUAGCGAUGUUCACUGUUUACUUAAUCAUGAAAACAGAUUUUAUUUUUCAAAUAAAAUGAUAUUUCCCAAUA